GCCGCUUCAUCGAGCUCCUGCACCGGCUCCAAUUCGUUCCCAAUCCAUGUCUUGUAGAUUUGCAUUCUCUCUUAAUUUGUAGUCCAAUCUCUCCUUUACGGCCACAAUGCUGUCGCGGGCAGCCUUCCGCGCGCUGCGCACCCCCCCGGUCCUGUCCGUCCCUCGCAUAGCUCCCAUAGCUUCCACAUCGCAGCGGUUACGCUUCUACGCAAACAAGCCCGGCCGGAAUAACUCAUGGAGGCCCUCCGACCCGAUAAAGUUUGAUGAAUCGAACAAGUCGCGUCCGAAUCCCGUCAACCCUCAAGCGCAGCCCGAGUUCGAUGCGGCAGCAACACCAGAGCGCAACACAACGCCGUCAGAGGCACCGGGGCCUGGUGUAUCUGAAGCAGCAAGGCCCGAUGCGGCGAGGGACUACGCUCCGGAGCAGGAAGAGUUUGCAGGACCCAAAUCACCACAAGAGAACGCAGACCCCACGACCGAGAGCCCCCAACAGCCACAGAAACCUCUGCCAGACCUGCGACAAGGCAUUCCCUCCACCUUCGGCGCCGAGUUUGGCGAAGCCGAAGCAAAGCACAAGACCGGCACUCACGACCCAAACAACGUCACAGAUGAUCCCGCAAAGGAGCCUGGAUCGGGAGGAGCAGGCCGCGAAGGCGGAGAGCUACCGAAGUCAGCCUACGAGACGAGCACGGACAGGCGGCGGAACCGUGUGGCCAACUGGUCCUACCUUAUAACGCUUCUAUUCGGAGCUACAGGCGCGGUAUACAUGGGCCGGAACUGGGAGUCGGAAGAGGAAGAGAAGGCGAAUCCAGACGCGCCGUCAGGAUGGGCACUCGGCCUGAUGUACAAGCGCGCCAAAGCCCGGAUCAACAACCAAAUGGGCUACUACACCGAGCCGACGUUCCCAAAGCUGCUCCCGGACAUCGAGCCAGCGCCGCCGCUGACCCUCGUCUUGAGCUUGGAGGAUUUGCUAGUUCAUUCGGAAUGGUCAACGAAGCAUGGCUGGCGAACAGCGAAACGGCCUGGCGUGGACUACUUCCUUCGCUACCUGAGCCAGUACUACGAGCUGGUCAUCUUCACCUCUGUCAAAUCAAUGGACGCCGAUCCUAUCAUCCGAAAACUCGAUCCCUUCCGCAUCGUAAUGUGGCCAUUAUUCCGUGAGGCGACGCGCUACGAGAAGGGCGAGUAUGUUAAAGAUCUGUCCUGCCUCAACCGCGACCUCUCUAAAACCAUCAUCAUCGACACCGACCCGGCCCACGUAAAAUUACAACCCGAGAACGCCAUUAUACUUCCCAAGUGGAAGGGGCAGCCUGGAGACAAAGGCCUCGUAGGCCUCAUCCCCUUCCUCGAAUACAUUGCCAUGCUACAACAAGGCGGUAACAUAGACGUGCGGAGUGCUCUCAAGUCAAUGGAGGGUAAAGACAUCCCAGCCGAGUUUGCACGGCGGGAAGCUAGACUGCGAGAAGAGUUCAGGAAGGAGCUCGAAGCGGAAAAGGCAAAGAGGGGAAAGCAUAGUGCCGGCGGCUUCUUAAUGGGGGCGCUAGGCAUGGGUGGCGGCCAGGGCAAGCUGAUCCUGGCUGAUGGGACGAAUGCCUCGGAAGGCAUGGCGCAAGGAAAGAUGAUGAUCGAUAUGUUCCGGGAAAUCGGCCGGAAGAAUUACGAAGCGAUGGACAAGGAGAUCCGCGAGAACGGCGAGAAGUGGCUGAAGGAGAUGGCGGAUGAGGAAAAGAAGUUCCAGGAGGAGCAGAUGAAGAGCAUGAAGAGCAGUGCUUUCAGCUGGUUAGGUAGCGGUGCUCCGCCGCCACAGCAGGAAAACAAAUGAUCUGGUUUGGGACUGUGAGCAAUUAUACCUUUUCCACUCUUGUGUAAGCAAUUGGCAUAUCUAAGCGGCGGUAAGAUGAGAACGAACUUGUACUAUAUGGUGGCUCUAUGCAGCCCUGUUGGAAACCUUGUGGAAUGCGACUUCUGUCUGUAUAUGAAAUGCAAUGGAGCAUUAUAAGUCGGGGUUAAGCGGAGUU